AUGUUGGUCAAGGGUUCCAAAAAAAGAAAACUUUUCCAGGCCGAAUUGGACGCCGUAUCCCAGAGUGCGUCGUCUUCUCGUCAAGCUCAAAGGGACUUUUUCAAGCACGCAACGAGCUGGAAUCUCGAGCAAGACUACGAAAACAGGCCACGAAAGGGCAGAAAGUCCCAGGAGGAAAAACUCAGGCUGCCCAAGAAAACCGCAGAUGGUCGUUUAGAAGUUGCUGAGGACGUUGGCCCAAACCAGGACACACCGUCUAUUGAAAGCGAUACGGAGUGGCUGGAGGGUCGUGAAGAUGAAUUGGAGCCGGAGACAGAGGACGAGCAGCUCGAGCAAGAUGAGCAGCCGGUUCCGGAAUCCCAGCAGAUUCUCGAGGCACAAGAAGAGCUCGCCAAGACAGCCAUGUCCCUCAACGAAAACCCCGAAGAGAACGUGGGGGGACUCAAGACGCUCGCCAAGAUUGGCGAGUCCAAGAUCCCUACCAUUCGGAUGCUGGCACUCAUGACGCAAAUGACGGUUUACAAGGACAUCAUCCCUGGAUACAGGAUCCGACCGCAGACCGAGGACGCGGCAAGAGAAAACCUGUCAAAGGAAGUCCGCGGCCUGAGACAGUUUGAACAAUCUCUGGUGGCAGGGUAUCAAUCCUACAUCAAAGAGCUGGCUCGUUGCGCCAGGUCAGAAACAGCACGUAUACGCCGAGGCGCAAGUCUCUGCAAUGUCGCCGUCACCUGCGCCUGCACCCUCCUCACCUCGGUCCCUCACUUCAACUUUCGCUCGGAUUUGCUGCGGAUUUUGGUCGGGAAGCUGAGCCGAAGAAAGCUCGACCAGGACGCCGCCAAGGCCAUUGAGGCGUUGGAGACCUUGUUCCGUGAGGACGAAGAAGGUCGACCCUCCAUGGAGGCAGUUUCCCUGCUUGCCAAGAUGAUGAAGGCCAAGAACUUUGCCGUUCACGAGAGCGUGCUUAAUGUGCUUCUCAGUUUACGCCUCUUAUCCGAGUUCUCGGGGAAGGCUUCACAAGACACUGUCGAUCAAUCUACACAGAGAGUAAAGAAGAGUAAGCGCGAGUUUCGCACCAAGAAGAAGCGCAAGGCCAUCAAGGAGCAAAAGGACCUCCAAAAGGACAUGGACCUGGCGGACGCUCUGGUUAGUCACGAAGAGCGGGAAAAAAUGCAAUCCGAGACCCUUAAGCUCGUCUUUGCCACGUAUUUUCGCAUCCUCAAGCAACGAUCACCACAUCUCAUGGGUGCCGUCCUCGAAGGACUCGCAAAGUAUGCUCAUCUCAUCAACCAAGACUUCUUUGGGGACUUGUUGGAAGCGUUGAAAGACCUCAUUUGUCGUAGUGGCGAAAAUUCCGAGAGCGAUCCUGCAGCGCAAGACGCCUCCGCGAACGAGGAAGACGAGGAAUCAAUACGCAACUCGACCAGAGAAGCUCUGCUCUGCACCGUCACCGCUUAUGCCCUAUUAGCGGGACAGGACGCACACAACUCCCGCAACGAUCUACACCUUGACUUGUCCUACUUUACCACUCAUCUUUUUCGGUCCCUCCCUCGUCUUUCCAUUCAAUCCGAUCUUGAAAACACUCGUCUCUCAUCGUCGUCAGCCACGUCCAAGAUCAACGUGCAGACGACUACCGUGCUCCUGCUCCGCUCCCUGACGAGCAUCUUGUUGCCUCACUACAACAUCCGCCAAGUUCCUCCGUUGCGCCUCGCGGCUUUUACCAAACAGCUCAUGUCGACUGCUCUGCAGCUCCCGGAGAAAUCAUGCCAGGCGGUAAUUGCUUUGCUUAACGAUGUGGCGCGCUCACACGGCAAGAAGAUAAACAGCAUGUGGAAUUCUGAGGAACGAAAGGGCAAUGGGAGAUACAAUGCUCUUUCCGAAUCCGUGGAGGGAAGUAAUCCAUUUGCUACCACCAUUUGGGAAGGGGAGUUACUUAGAAGACAUUUCUCACCAAAGGUCAGAGAGGGGAUCAGUAUGUUGGAAAAGGUAAUAUGUGGGUAG